GCUGACUAAUAAAAUAUGGUUUAUGGAGACUUUCAUCAUCUCCAUGGCACCUUAGAUUAUUCACAUUGGCAAUUUCUUUAAAAAGGCGAAACAUCAAUUAUUAUUGAGCCCCUUCCGCGCGAGAUUUGGUGUCGGCGCAAAUCUUGUUAGGGAGUGGACUUCGUAUCAUUUAAUUUUGGAAUGCCUAACUUAGCAGUAUCUGUUGUUCUAACCUUAGUACUCUCAAUUGCACUCGCUAAAUCAGUGCAUGAUGAGCCAGAAGUCGCCAAAGCAGCUAAAUUUAAAGUAGAAGACUGUCUAUUGUUAUCGGCUAUGAUGAAAGUUCAUAUUACAAAAUCGCUAGUUAAUGUUUACUUUGGUUCAGUUGUUCAUGUAGUCUGAAUGAUUGUACAUCCCUGAAAAUUCCAAAGAAUCUUGGGAUAUUUUGUGGUUAGUUUUCGAGCUUUGUGGAAAUUGCCGAUAUGUUGUUGCGCGCCCACAGAAUUUUUACCGUUAUUCGCAUUUAAAUUUCACAUCAAUCCUCCCUUGUGGUGCAUAGUAUCUACGUUAUAACUUUGCGUUUUUACUGGAGCAGCAAGUGACAUUGACAAUUCAAACGGUUGCUAGUUGAAUUUUUCUUUCAGACAGUAGCUCAAGGGUCUGAAUGGCAUUUAACUCUAGUUGACUAGGUAAAUGAGUACGUCUAGUAAUUUUCAUAAGGUUGCUAAAUCAAUUCAAGUGUUUGGUUUAGCAAGGUUAAUCUUAAUAUGUAUUUUUUUUACAUUGUUCUAUGGUAACUAGUGUAGGGUUCGCAUGUGCUUUUCGCUUCAGAAGUUUCCUCACAUGAUGGCGUUUGAGACAUGCUAUAUAACUGGGAUUCGGUCACGCCACAAUAAUGGGUAAAGUAGGAAUCGAUUGCGGAAUGAUAGUUUUAAAACCAAGAAAAUGAAUCACUGUGAUCGAGUUAUUUAAACUAAUGGUUCAGUACUAUUAGUUUGAUUAUAGAACUCAAGUAUGAAAGGAAGUUAUCCACUUAAAGUGACUUGAGUCAGUGAUUGUUCUCACUUUUAAAGAAAGUGAUUUCACUUGUUAUCAUCCUUGUGUUCUAGAAGCAUGAAAACAGUAAACCUUAAGAAGUCAAGUAGUUCUUAGAUAUGAAUACAUUUGCAUUGUAGACUUUUUCGUAAUCCCUAGAUGCUUGCGUGAAUCUCAGCUGUACGUCCGACUCAUACUUUUUCCUCAGAGGUGAAUUUCGUUUCUGAGAAUUGAGAUAAAUAAAGUACUAGUCAAAAAUAUUAGGUAGUUUAUUUGGAAUAGUUUGCAGUUGUAUUGAUACACUUACAUACCCUGCUUUGACCAAUAACACCGAGUGUCUGUGUUUAUCUCCUUUGUUUGUUUAGCUCUUUGCUUCUUAUGGUGUCCGUACUACUCCGUCUUUUUUUGCUGUUAAUUGGUAGCUUGCAGUCAGAUUUCAACCAUCAGUCACGGAUUUGAGGUAGUGAAAACUAUCCCACCUUGUUGGUGUGGUGUUGAAUUUCAAGUCAUGCUGUUCUGAGACCCGUUAUCAUUCCAGGUUUUGUUCUUUAAUAUACGCCAAAAUCCACAUCCUCCCAGGACCAGAUAUCCUGUUUAACUUCCCCAGCAUAACUACGUUUUAGUAACUGUAAUCAACCCACUACUUGCAGAGAAACCAAAUACUCGAUAUUCCUUAACUCUUUAAGCAAAUCCGGAACAGAAGACAUUUAAAUAAUUCGUUGUCGAAGGUCAUGAACCGGAAUGGCUACUAUAGUUUAGCUUCUCUGGUUUGGUUUAUUUGCAAAGUUCAUAAUGAGACGAGUAUUUUCUCAGUAAAAUUUUAUGUUUCAUUAGUGCGAUGUGCUGAUGUAGACUGGCAUGCCAUCAGUGUGUACUGUCAAAUUAUUCCAGUCUGUUUUUCAACCGUAUUUCUUCGCAUGGUUAGGUUUCAAGAAAUAACAUGCCAGCAGUUGAAAAAUCCUACCUGGGGGGAUUUAUGAGUGAGUAAGUAACUACAGUUAUGUGCAGAUUCAAAGACAAGGUUUUCCAUCACGCAGAAAGUUUUCGUAGAUAAGCAGAUAUUUGUUUCUCGAGGAAUACAUUCUCAGUCUGUUUACAAGUGAUAUUUACGGAUACUGAUUUCGUAGCCUAAAUUUAAAGUUACCUCAGAUAUUCAGGUACUUCAGAUAGGCUGAAAGAAACUGAGUUUGAAAUUUUCUCCUUACUUCCAUUAAAAGUCCCGAAAUGUAUCCUGUAAAGCCGUCACUGAAAUAUAUUUGGCAUAUUUUCGUCCACUGAAUAAGUGGGACUAUUAAGUGUAGAUCAUUAGCGUACCUAGUAAACAGUCGUACUAAAUCUAGUGAUUUUCACUAUGAUUUUAUGAGGUUUGUACCGCAAUCUUUUUGUCUACUUUUCACUGAUAUAUUUUUUCAAUGUACAUUAUGGCAUGUGAUUAAUGUAUUGUACAAUAUUUUAUUUCAGAAUUCUGAUGUGAAGUCGGAUUCAGUAUUCACAACAUACAUUAACUCCACAAAUGUUGAUAAAAUUACUUCCAGUGGAAUUUGCGGUGAUAAAUUUAACCUUUUAUCAUUAAAAGGAGUACCUGAAGAUUCUGUUUUGAAUUGGAGUUUGUCUUUAAAUUUCUCUCAUCCUCAACCUGGCUAUUACGGUUUGAGCAAUAUUUUCUUGGAUUACAAGUUAGAGAACGCAGAUGCAUCAAGUGCUUCCAGUGACAAAUUAAUAUUUUCUUGUGCUAUGGGAUCGUCUUUUAUGUGUAUCAGUGAACAAACAUAUGAGUUAAAGGAUAAAUUGUCGAAUUCGACUAAUAUACGAUUAACAGUUACUGACCUCCAGGUUGAAGCAUUCAGAAAUAAUGGUUCUUCUCCUGAAUUCACAGGACCACAUUAUUCUUGUUCUGCCGACUAUGUACCCACUAAAGUGAUCCCAAUAGUUGUUGGAAUUUUAUUGGUGAUUAUGAUAGUUGUCGCACUAAUUGCCUUUAUCAUUGGCAGUCGACGACGCCAAGUUGGCUACCAAGAAAUAUAAUUCAUCAGCCAAUUAAUUCAUCUAUUUGAACCUGUCAUCAUGAUCCAAAAGCUAGAUCUGAUAUCUGUAUCAACAUAUUUCUUAAUCCGUUAUAUUUUUCACAUUCACGUUUCUCUCUUUUUAAAUUAUCAGCCAAAUAAACUAUUCACUGCUUUCAAUUGUUUCAAUCUCAUAUUUUGUACUUCAUUUAUGAUGUUAAUCUCAUUUUUACGCAUUUUGUUUUGGCUCUGAUUACAUCUAUUCUAGACUGAGAUUGUUUUUCAUAACUACGUGCACGAGUUAAAUAUGAUGUCAUUGUCAGAAUAUUUUUUGCUUUGCCUUAAUUUAGGUAGAAAUCUAAAAAAUAUGUCUUUAAUAUGAAAAUACUUUAUUAAUAGGUAUGCUUAAUUUUAUUGCAUACUUGUUCUGUGGCUUAAAUCGAAUACUUCACACGAAGUCUUUGCAGUUCAUUAUCGUUUUAUUUAACUCUGCAGUCGCCGUGCAGUUGUCUUCAGUAAAUGGAUUAGCCAUGUGUCGUUGUCGCUUAGUCAGCUUUUCCAGAUGUAUUUUAUUGUAAUUCUUAGAGAAAAUUCUAGUUGCGUAUUGUCAGUGCGUACUCAGUAUGUUUAUAGCAAAAGGACUACUUCACUAUUGACUAUAUCAAAAAUUAAUGUGCGCUGUAAAGUUCAGUGUAAAGUAAUCCACUUAGUUCUAAUUGAACUUGGAAUCGGUACGAUCAAGUAGCAUCUGAUCAUUUAGUAACUAGGCUGAAUUCUGGUAGUUUCAUUUAGUUUCCACCUUUAAUGAAAAAGGAAAUGAGUGUUAGUUACAGCACAGGUAUGGAUAUUUAAACCGGGAUAAAGAUGACAGUUUUAUGAUAUCUUCAGAAUCUCGACCUUUUUUAUGUUUCCCUUCAUACAGUUAAAUAUUUUAGGCUGAAGCAAUGUUGGUUAUGUCAUUGUCAUUCUAAAUUUAUUAUCACGACCAUGACUAGAUAUCCAUAUAGUAAGGUUUGUGUUCAAAAUAAGCGUGCUUGUCGUACCUACUAUUUUGCAUUUCACACCCUAUUGGCUGAUAUGGAACAGCUUAAUGCUAACUCAUCUGUAGUCAUUUGACAUUACAAAUAACUUAGUCUGGAUGACCAAAGAAAAG